UUCGUAAUGGCCGACGGAAAGUUUUCCCUCUAUCCGGAUUACGACCAUGAUCCUAAUAUCAAACGUUAUGAUUUUCCUAGUGAUUUCAUGUUUGGAGUAGGAACAUCUGCUUAUCAAAUUGAAGGUGCUUGGAAUGCAGACGGUAAAGGCUUACAGAUUUGGGAUUGUUAUACCCUAAGACACCCUGAAUACAUUGCUGACGGUUCAAAUGCAUGUGUCACGAUUGAUAGUUACCAUAAAAUGAAGGAAGAUGUUCAAUUGCUGAAGAAAAUGGGUGUAAACUAUUUUAGAUUCUCAAUUUCUUGGUCCAGGAUAUUACCAGGUGGGAAAGUAAGUAUGGGCAAGAAUCUGGAAGGCAUCAAUUACUACAACAGGUUAAUAGAUGAGUUGAAAGCCAAUGACAUUGAGCCAUUUGUCACUCUUUUCCACUGGGAUCUUCCAAAUGCUUUGGAGGAAGAAUACAUGGGUUUCUUAAGUUCUAAAAUUGUUGACGACUUCGUGAAUUAUGCGGAAAUCUGCUUUUGGGAGUUUGGCGAUCGGGUGAAGAACUGGGUGACAUUAAACGAGCCAUACAGAUUCGCGUAUGGUGGUUAUGUACAAGGUAUAUUUGCUCCCGGUAGAGGUGGAAAUAACCAAGACGGUGACCCUGAAACCGAGCCGUAUAUUGUAGCAUACAAUCUACUCAAUUGUCAUGCUGCUGCUUACAGAAAGUAUCAAGAAGAUUUUAAGGAUGUUCAAAAUGGUCAAGUGGGAAUCACUCUUGACACCAACUUUUUCAAGCCUUUUCGCGGUAAGGAUGACACAGAUGAUGUCCAAGCUGUCGAGUACACAUAUGAUUUUAUGCUUGGAUGGUUUUUGGAGCCGAUAACAAGUGGUAAUUGGCCUGUAAACGUGCAAAAUUUCGCCACUACUCCAUCUGUUCACCACCCACAGGGUCGUUAUUUGCCUGUAUUCACCAACGACCAGAAAAAUAAGUUGAUACAAUCAUAUGAUUUUUUGGGAAUAAACUACUACACUGCAAAUUACGCUCAAAUAUACAAUACUUCUGGUCUAUCUAGCGGAUUUCUUGAUGAUUGCCAUUACAAGGCAUCAGGAACUGAUCCCAACGGAAAUUAUAUAGGAGAACCAGCUUUCGAAGGAUCAUGGGUUUUUCUUUGUGCCAAUGAGCUUGUUGAUCUCUUGGAACACAUUAAGAAAACAUACAAAGUGGAAAAACAUAUCGUAAUAACUGAGAACGGAGCACCGCAGCAAAACGAAAAUGGAAAAACUUAUGAACAUUUUCGGGAUGAUGCAUAUCGACUCAAAUACCUCAAAUGGCAUCUUGAAGCCAUUAGAAGGGCUAAUGCCAUCCGGUUAUUGAGCUCCGAAAAUUCAAUAACGACGAAGCCCUUGGUUAUGGGGUACUUUGCUUGGUCAUUCACGGAUAGCUUUGAAUGGAAUUCGGGGUAUACUCUUAGAUUUGGUAUGAACUAUGUUGAUUUCAAGAACAAUCUUCAUAGGUACCCGAAAAAAUCAGCAAUUUGGUUUAAAAAGUUUCUCAACGAGAACAAAUUAUCGGAGACUCGCAAAAGAAGUCUAAGCGACGUUGAACAAGAAGAUGAAGUCGAUGGCGCACCAAUAAAAGCAGAACAAGCAGUUGAAGUAGUUCAGAAAUUGAAGAAGGCAAAAACAUGAAAGAAACAACCACGUCUAGAUCAAUCUCCUUGGUUUAAUAUGCAUGUGUGAUUUGUGUGUUAAAUAUAUCGGGAUCAUAACUAGGGGAACAACUACAAGCUUAAAUAAAUCCCCUAGUUAUAAAUUGUGGUCCUUAAUAAGUGUUUAUUUUCUUAGAUGUUAAUCUUGUGUGGAAUUAUUUAAAUAAAGAUCACAAAUAUACAAUCA